UUCAUGCAGUAAUAGGAUGGUGAGCUGCAACUGAAUCUGUAACUUGGGGCUGAUGCAACAUCACUGCAUCACAUAAGUGAAAUCUGGAGCAGUUAUAUGACUCUCCUAGCUUGCUAGCAUAAAAAUGUGUGCAAGUCAUUUUAUAAGCAGGAGUUGCUUUGUCACACUGCAUCAGGAACACAUACUGUUUUCCUCCUAGCAAGCAUUAGUUUGACUGUGUGCAGUUAGCCUGUUAGCUAGUCCUGGCCUUCUGUUAGCCCCAUCUUUUGAGUAUUUGAAUGUAUUGAGCUAUUCUUAAUCUUUUCAUAAUAUGCAGUAUCAGUCUCUGUAAGCGCUUCCAAGCAGGCUGACACUGAAUUUGCUCAUAUUGUCAGUGAAAUGGAACAACAUUUUUGCCAUGAUAACACUCCUGCUCUCUGUCUCCCAUGCACUGUGCAUGUGUUUAUUUCAUCACUCCCCUGCUAAAAUAACCAAUCCUUGAACACCCAUUGUGUUCAUUCAUUUUGGGUUAGCCACGUCACUUCUGCCAACGCUACACUCUUUUCCUACUGACUUGCCUUUACAUGCUGCUCAGCCUCAGGCCUUGGAGUCUGGGCCUGUUACUAUAGCAACCACACAGAAGGACACAGUAGAGGAGAGGAGGGAGAUGCUGACUUACGAAUGGAGGGUGGGAGCAAGCCAGGGAUACUGCUUUGUCUGAUUGGCUGUGGGCAUGCUCAAACCCCGCCCACCCCACUGUGUCAUGAUUAUCAUCACUUCUGCUGCAAAACCCGUGACUGCUGCUGCUGCUGCUCGCUCACUCUCUGUAUCUCUGUGUUUAUUGAGUCAUUGUAAGAGAUGCCCAUGUGUAGAGGUGGUGCUGUCAUUGAGCAAGGAAUGUUACAAAAGGGAAGACAGUGCUUAUAAUAGGACUUCAGCAAGGCUGAGCCUGACGACACACUGGCAGGAGCACAGGAAGAUAGUAAGUGACAUGAAGCUAUAAAUGGAUGUGGACAUGAGAGGAUAGAAUCUGACACAUUUGCUGAAGCUUUGGAGUGACAGAGGUAACUGAUGGCCAGAAAAGAAAGAAGACAAACCAAAGGACAGAGGGACACCACAGAUUGAAGAAAGAUGGCAGAUUCCAAACGGCAGAUUUACUGAAGCGGCGAAGAAUUCUUGAUGGACGAAGGACAAUAAAGUGACAGUUUUUUUUUUUCUCUGUUGGCAACUGAUGACGCAAGUAACGGAUCUGUGAGAUGACACACAGAAAUGGCACCAGCACCACAACAAAUAUGGAGCAUAAUACACUGACAGUUUGCUUCUAAUGAGAGAGGGACAGGGAGAACAUAUGAUGAGCCUGGUCAGACUCUCACCAACAAUGACUGUGUGCCAGCUGGUAACUGCUAAGCAUGCUGGGAUAGCAGAACUGGGCACUGACUGACUGAUCAACAGACACUAACAGUAACUAAUAAGACCCUACUAACGGCUGGUUAUCCCUAAGCAUGCUGGGACACUGGAUUCAACAGAGAUGCUACAGCUAAGUAUGCUGGGACAUUGGAAACAAUACAGCUGUGUGUCAGAACAGUGAGGAUGAAGAGACGAGGCCAGAACAGAGGCCAGAGGUUUGUCAAGGCAGACUACUAUGAACUGGACUGGUACUAUGAAGAGUGUACUGAUGUGUUGUGUGCUGACAGAGUGGGCCAGAUGACAAAGACUUACAGUGACAUUGACGCUGUCACUCGACUGCUGGAGGAGAAAGAGCGUGACUUGGAGUUAGCGGCUCGCAUCGGACAGUCGCUUCUGAAGAAAAACAAAGCUCUCAGUGAGAGAAAUGAACUGCUGGAGGAGCAAGUAGAGCACAUACGAGAGGAGGUAUCUCAGCUGCGCCAUGACCUGUCCAUGAAAGAUGAGCUGCUACAGUUCUAUACCAGCGCUGCCGAGGAAAGUGAGGGAGAGUCUGCUACGUCCACACCUGUGCGUCCCAGUGAAACCAAUGUGUCAACUCCAACUUUUUUCCCCCUGGACUCCUUACAGAAGAAACUCAAAGAUCUGGAGGAAGAAAACAAAUCAUUGCGAUCUGAGGCCAGUCAUUUGGAGACAGAAACUAUAUCCUAUGAGGAGAAAGAACAGCAACUUGUCAAUGACUGUGUUAAAGAGCUACGUGAUGCCAACCUGCAGAUUUCCACUCUGGCUGAAGAACUGGCGAGGAAGACUGAAGAUGCCUCCAGACAGCAGGAGGAGAUCACACACCUCCUCUCCCAAAUAGUAGACCUCCAGAAGAAGGCCAAGCUGUAUGCUGUGGAGAACGAAGAGCUGACUCAGCACCUGGGAGCAGCCAAAGAUGCCCAGCGACAACUCACUGCUGAGUUGCAAGAGUUACAAGAUAAGUAUGCAGAAUGUAUGGAGAUGCUUCAUGAAGCUCAGGAGGAACUGAAGAACCUGAGAAAUAAAACUCUACCCCUCAGCACGCCGAGGCGUUUCCACUCUCUGGGCUUGUUCCCGAUGGACUCUCUGGCAGCAGAAAUAGAGGGCACCAUGAGGAAGGAACUUCAGAUGGAUGAUCCAGACGUAGAAGAGCAGAGACUUCAUCCAAAGCGAGUUUUCCAGACGGUGAAAAACCUCAACCUGAUGCGUCAGCAGCGUUCAUCGCUAGCCCCCUCCCCUCUCAAUAUCCCAGGCUCCAAUCAGACGUCAUGCUUCACCUCAGGGCGCUCCAGCAGGGUGGGCACGCCUCGCUCUAACUCCAUUUAUGGUAGCGAGACGGGAAGUGGGAUCAUCCUGGACAACAGGACUAGCAGUAUCCUAGAGAGUCCAGAUGAUGGGUCAGAGGACUCUAACAAGCGGCCCCCUGGCACCCCAGGGACCCCAGGCAGCAGAGACCUGGAGGCAGCCCUGCGGCGUCUGUCCCUCCGCCGUGACAACUACCUCUCAGAAAAACGCUUUUUCGAAGAGGAGAGGGAGAGAAAGCUGGCUUACCUGGCCAAAGAGGAGGAAAAAGGAGGCGGGGAGAGUAGCAGAGGCCCAGGGACCCCAACUGAGAGCCUGUUGUCGCUGUGCUCGCAUCCCUCCUUCGGAAGCGUCUGGUCGGGAUAUUCCUUCACUGCAAGAUCCUACCUGCCGGAGAAGCUGCAGAUUGUAAAGCCACUAGAAGGCUCUGCUACACUCCACGCAUGGCAGCAGUUGGCUCAACCCCACAUGGGCGCUCUGCUGGAUCAUCGGCCUGGUGUGGUCACAAAGGGCUUCCGCACUUUAGCACACGAGCAGGGACAGGAAGACAGCUGGCAACUGGACCAACCAGAGGAGGAUGAAGUCUCAUGUGACUCAUUUACUGGCUUGUCAGAAGAAAGUACCGUUCCUUUGGAUCUGCCAUGCUCUACCUCUACUCCCUCUGUCUGCUGCAACAAAAAUGGCGACAUUGAUGACAACAGCCAAUCAGAAACAUUGCAUGGAGAAAUAUGCGGGGCCAAAGAAGCAAUUCAAGGAAAAGAUGGACUUGUUGGAAAUAUGCCCCUUUCCUUAACCAGCCUCUCCCCUUCCUCUUCUCCUCUCCCCUCCUCUUCUGAGAUGAUGAACGGGCACGUGGACCUCAAGGAGCUCCAGGCCUUACAGCCUGCCACAUUGGAUCACAUGCCUGUUAAUUUCCCAGGGAAGUGUAUGUCCCAUACCAGCUCCACAUACACCUUCACCACCUGCAGGAUUCUUCACCCGUCAGAUCAGCUGACCUCAGUGUCCCCGAGCCCAGCUAUAGCCUCUUGUUAUAGCAGUGCUUAUGUCGGUACCUCUACCCCCACGUCCUCUCCUAUACCCUUCUCUGCCCCACCUACGCCUUCCUACACCCCCUGCUGCACACCACGUCGCCUGUCCCUGUCUCUUUCCCUGGCUGAGUCCUCCACCAACCUUAGGGACUCCACCAAGACCACCAGCACCUCUCUAGGCCUGGUGCGCCUCCUGCUGGAGCGUGGGAUCUCUGCAUCGGUGUAUAACCCCCGAAGCUGGGACCGAGGGUUGGAUUUCAGUGGCAUGUCAACACCCGUGGUGGGAGCACAGGCACAGGGGUGCACCGACACACCAGGGGAGACUGAUGUCAGAUGGUUCAGGAAACGUCCAGACACCCUUCUCCUCCAGCCCUCCACCCCACCCAACUCCCCUCGCUCCAAAUCUGCCUCGUCUGCCACCACCGGCCCAGUUUUUCAGUUCAGCCCUUCCACUGAUGACCCUCCUUACUACGACACCUUCCUCGCCUCUAAACCAGCUCGCACCAUUCUGAGGGAAGUGCUGGGGGAGGCAGAGAGGGAGCGAGGGGGGCAAACAGAUGAUGACAGCCAAACAGAGAUGCUGAACCUGCGACUUGUGGACAAACUGAAACGUUUCCGCACCCUUUCCCCUCUUACUGCUUUGGCCUCAUCUGGGAGUAGUCUUUUGGCCCCCUUUGGCUCUACUGGACUGGGAAACAGUGCUCUGGGUGGAGGGCUUCCAGGACUGAACGCAGGACUGAGAAGGAAUCGAAGCUAUCCUGCCAUGGUGGGGGCCAGUAUGGCUAUGAAAGACCCAGGAGGCCCCACCAGCACAGAGAUACUUAUACCACAUACGAUGCAAACCCAAAAUACACAACACACAAUGCACACACAAGAAAUGGGCAAAAUACAAACAAAUCACACACUGGUCACAAAGCCCAUUCACAUACCACAGACACUACAUGCACUGGAAACAGUGACACCACAGACAAUAAUACAGAGACACACCAGGCCAACAAGCAGUGACCAACACAGCGAUGAUGAAACUGUGACAUAAAUAGGUAAUAUUCAGUGUAUUAGUCCACAUUACAACACACACACACACACACAUUCUACAGUAUUCUGACAUGACUACACACACACACACACACACACACACAUCUAUUUACAAAACCAAAUACCAUAUGUAACUUAUAUUGACAUCCUUCAGCUAUGAAGUAUCCCAUGAACAACAGUCCACCCACAGACUCAACUAAACAAGAAGUCAUCUUUCCUAACUAGUCCAACAAUCAUCAGUUUGAUCAACAUAAACCCAAUGACAUGGUGGUGAAUAAACCAGUAGUGGCUGUGAAACUGUUACACUGUGUUAUACUCAUAAUGUCAGGCUAAUGAUGAUGGAGUAUGUUGCCUUCCUGUAUCCACUGUAACUGUAUAUUGUGUAUGCAAUAUACUGUGUCAUACAUAGUAUAAUAUUGUAGGCCCAAUCUGGUGAAAGUACUGCAGAACUUUCCCAUAACCUGUUUUAGUCUCCUCCUCCUCCUCAACCUGAACGAGUCCACUGUUGAAAAAAGGCAGACACAUUAAUUUUAAAUGUACUGUACUGACCUGGGUAUAAGAUAGAUUUUUUUUUUUCUUUAGAUUACUUAUGAAGAAAUGGGAGUCGUAUAUUCCACAACUACACAAUUAUGCAUCCACUACAGCAUAUUUUACUCUACUUUAAGAAAGUGCUGUAUAAUGUUGUAUGUGGUUUGAAGCCUUAACGUUGCUAGGCUAACAGGUUUCUACCAUCAUACAACAGAAACAUCUCCAGAAUGCAGAACACACAACGUGUUUUUAGUUUUAGUUUUUGGCUUUUGAUUUUUUUACUUGGUAUUUGUAAAAUGUUUGUUAUCCCAGUGUUCAGUCUUUAACACAAGCUGGCGGGGCCAAGGGUAGAGACUAACGUCAAAGGCAUCCAAAGCUAAAUCAAAAAGUCUUCAUCUAAAAACAUUUUCAUCUUAUAUUCAGGCCACUAUGGUACUUUUAAACCUUUAAAUUGUUUGUGUCUGCAUUGUAUUGCACUGAAAUCAAAUGGAAGUUAUAUUGUCAUAAACAGUGGCAUUGGCACUAGAGAUUAUUUUCUACCAGCAACUCUUUUUUUUCCCUCUGUAUGUAUGUAAUAUGUGGUUUCAUAAGAAAAAAUCUGGAUUGGGGCUUUAACGCAUCCUCUUGCUGUGACUGAAUGUUCUUACGUGCCUAAAAACAACUAACAUACUGUAUCCCAUUGGUAUGGGUUUGCAUUUGUUUUAUUUGAAUAAUAUUUUAAUUUGCCUUAUGCAGUAGAGGGAGUAAAUGAGAAUAACUGCCCAAAUUAAUUUAUUAGCGUCUGAACCUGCUGAGGGAAGCCCACACAUGCUCAUUUAUGUCUGUGUCUAUUUUUGGCUUUGUUUUCGUCUCCUAAUGAGUUUGGGUGAAACAUACCCUUCAUUUAGAAUCCACUGGAACAUGUAGCACAUAAACAACAAUACAGAUCAGUUCCAGCUACACAGACAUCUAGUAAAACACAGUCAUUCCAUACUCAUCAAGUCAGUGUAGAGCAAAUUGGAGGAGGAUGUAAAUGACAUGACAUGAGCAGACAGACAUCCUAAUACAACACAAUGCAGACAGGAGCUGGAGGAUCAGAAAGUUAAGUCUGCCACAGGCACUGCAGCACCCCGAGCUUUCACUCAAAACCAAAGUUACACUCAAAUACAAAGUGGGUGGGACCACAGCGACACAGAAUUGAGCAUGUUUGCUUCCAAAACAGAUUUCCUUUAUUUCCUUAUUACUGGUGUUAACAAUCAUAUGCAUACAUACUGAUACCAUAUUAUUUAUUCUGUCAAAAUCAAACAAGCAUGUGGGUGAAAAAAUGUAAAGCAAUAUUAGGCAUUAACGAGACUGAAUGUAAUUGUAAACAGAGUGACUUGACGUAUCUGAAUGUUGGUUUUAAGGACAAGAGACUGAGCUUUUAUUACAGCUUGUUGCUGAAGUGAAAUUUUUGGCCCAGCUGCAGUGUCCAUCCUUAGAAACACUCAGACAUUUUGUUUCUGUAAAACUUACUAGGCCAUUUGAAAAAGGACCUGUGACCUUGACCAACCUAAACAUGAAAUAUGAACGUCACACACACACUUCACUGGCAACAGAAACACCUAUAUCCAGGUGAAGUGAUUUCACUUGUCCUUAUUCCUCAUACCCUCCAGUACUCAGGCACUUUUGCUGAUCAUGCAGGUGUCAGUUCAAGUCUGAAGAUGGACACUGGGACUGGGCCACUGACUGCUUGUCUGACUGACUGAAUGAAGGGACACAAUGGCUGGUCCUGAUGCUGGCAGUGAUCUGAUGAAAUCCUUAAUGAUUAAGGGAUUAGGCUUGCUAUGUUAUCUAGUGAUUAAAGAUCAUUAAAUAUAUUUAUUAAACACUUGGAUUAUUAGAGGCACAUGUAACAGAAUAUCCAUUGUAUAUGUUUAAGUUAAGGCCUUUUGCAGUUUUUAUUUAUAUCUUGAACUGUCAUGCUGACAUUCUGAGUCAUUUUUGAUUGGACAGUUUUAUGUCAUUAUGAUACAUGAUGAUAAAUGAUAAACAUUUCUGUGGCACUUUGAGUAAAAUGGCUUUGUAGAAACCUUUCCGUUUAAAUAAAUGGGUACAGCUGGUUGUCUACAAGCUUACAUCAUAACAGCUGCACAUUUGGGAGAAAAAAAAGACAACAAUUUACAGUAUUUAAUAAUGAUACCAAGUGCUAAGACUGACAAGAUGAGGAGUUGGUGUGUGUGUCUAAGUGUGUGUGCUUGUUUUUCUGUGUGUCAUUUGAAUCAUCUGAAUGUAAGUUAUUACAAACAGUAAUCCUGUUGUAGGGCCAUAUAUUUGUGUACAGUAUGUUGAUUUAUCUUCAUUAGUUGUGUUAACUUCAGAGGUGGAACUAUUAUUACAUUGUAAAUGUAUGCAACACAUAUAGCCAUGCUAACUUUUUUUAAAUAAACUGUAACAGUAGAGAAAAAGGCAGGGAAUUACAUUGCUUAUUUUGAGUAAAGAGGGAAAGAUUUUUUUCUGUUCAGGGACUGGAGUGUUCUAUUCUACAGAACAGACUGUGCUGUCAAUAAGAAAAUAAAUACAUAAACACUGA